ACUCCGGUCCUCCCCCCUCUUCGUCUUCUUCGCAUACCCCCAAUAAAACCUCCCCUUUCCCUCUUCCCCUCGGAUGCUCAUCUGUCUUCCCCUCGUCACUCCCCACGCCACUCAAAGACCAAGAAAAAGGACUUCUCCUAGCUGCAACCUCACUCACUCACUCGCCAUGGAGGAGGAGAUGCCGCUGCUCUCCUCUUCCACCUUCGCCACCGCCUGAGCUCGCUUUGUUCACUCCAUUAGUAGUGAGGCCCAGUGUUGCUGCUGCCAAGAACGUUCUUGGUGCCAUGGCUUUCGCCACCCUGUUCGACCCCCUCUACUGCCCCGAGGAGCACCUCGAUCUGUACCAAGAACCCGGCGAGGACGAGGAGCAGCAGCAACGGCAGCGCGCGGCGGCUCUUGACGACGAGCUGCCGGCGCUGCUCGAGGUGCUCAGGGGGAAGGAGGGUGUAAUGCUGGUGGCCGAGGGCGAGGAGGACGGGUACGGAGGCGCGGCGGGGCGGGAGGCUGCGGUCGGGUGGGCGUGCCGCGCCGCGGCGAGGCUCGGCUUCUCCGCGCUCACUGCCGCGCUCGCCGCGGCCUACCUCGACCGGUGCUUCCUCGGCGGCGCGCUCCGGCUGGGCGGCCGGCCGUGGAUGUCGCGGCUCGCCGCCGUCGCGUGCGUCGCUCUCGCCGCCAAGGUCGAGGAGACGCGCGUGCCACUGCUCCUCGACCUCCAGCUCUGCGCCGCCGCCGAUGCCGACGCCGGCGAGGCGUACGUGUUCGAGGCCAAGACGGUGCGCCGGAUGGAGCUCCUCGUGCUCUCCGCGCUCGGAUGGCGGAUGCACCCCGUCACGCCCUUCUCCUACCUCCAGCCCCUCCUCGCCGACGCCGCCGUGCGCCUGCACCACUGCGAGAGCGUCCUGCUCGCGGUCAUGGCCGAUUGUAGAUGGUCUCGUCACCGGCCGUCAGCAUGGGCCGCCGCCGCGUUGCUUGCUACCGCCGGCAGCAGCGACAACGACGUCGAGCUCCUGGCGCUCAUCAAUGCCCCGGAGGACGAGGUCGACGAAUGUGCCAAGAUCAUCUCCGAGUCGAUGGACAUGAACUUCCUGGCCGUCAACGGCGACGGCAGCAUUGGCAAUAAGCGGAAGCACGCGGCGGCGCGGAUGUACUCGCCCCCGCUUAGCCCGAGCGGCGUGAUAGGCGCGCUGUCCUGCUUCAGCUGCGAGAGCUCGUCGUCCGCCAGCGCGGACUCCCGGUCCCCGGCGACGGUCGCCGCGUGGCCGCUCGCGGCGCCUGUGUCCGUGUCGUCCACCCUGGAGCCUCCUGGCCGGCCGCCUAAGCGCGCGGCGUCCACUGCUGCGCUCCCGCUUCCACCUGACGAGGAGAGCCGCGACGCCUGGCCGUCCACCUGCGCCGCGUGACGCAGCUCCAUCGCCACCGCCACCGCACGGCGCGGCCGCUCGGUAGAGCGAGCGGAGAUAAAGACCAAGAAAGCCAUUGCCAUGAAGAGGAAACAAGCAAAGAUGUAAUGUUUGGUUGCUUAUGGCAGCACAUUUUGCAAUGAUGGUUCUCGUUAGGGAGGGGAUGGAGAAACUACCUUGAACUGGAGAUGGAGGAAGAUAAUUACUACUGUAGGAGAUAAUUAGCCGUUGGAAUCAACGGUAGGGUUAAGGUUAAUUGCAAAGAUGGUUCUUGUCUUGUUCUUGUUGGGAUUGGGUUAAGUUGAAGCUGAAGCAUCAGCGAUUCAGGGAAGGAGGGAGAUGGAGGCUAGCUUGCUUGCGCCUUGCCUUGCCAGCCAAACGCAGAGCAACGGCAGGGGGGGGGGGGGGGUGUCUUGUCCUGUCUGCUGCUGCCGGUACCAGUACAGUGCUGCUAUGGUUGCGUACAGUGCUGCUAUGGUUGCUUCUCUCCUCCGUCCCGCUCUCUCUCUCUAGACAGUGACACAUUUGGCCUUGGCCUUUCAUCAAUGUGGCCUACUCCCCAUGAACAAUGCUUGAAGGAUGAGCCUCCAUUAAUGUCCUCCUUUGAAUAACUAAAAAGGAGUAUUUGCUUCUUAUUUGAUGUAAAUGUUGAUGCCCCACUCUCUCUCAAUCC